AUGUGGAAGCCGAUGUUCCAAGAAGUGUAUGUGGUUUCAGUCUCAGACCAGCAAGUGAAGUCGGCCAGCGUGAUCACGCGUCCGGGAGAAGCAAAUAGCCCCAGGAACGUCAGCGAGAUGUCUGCGGAUCCAAUGCACGUCCCGGCUACUGAGGAGGAAUCCUCCGCGGUGAUCCGGUACAAGGUGCCGGCCACCGAGGUGGGAUCCUACUCAAGGUGUACCGGCUAUCGGCGAGGAAUUAUACUUGAUGGUGCACCCGAUUUAUCGUUUGCCCUAGCGGACUCUUUGACGACCCGGCGGCAAGCCCUCAACAACCCGGUACAAACUGCAUCCUCCCGGCAAGAAGCCAUCCUCCUCGAAACCCGGUACUGCUUGUACCGGGUCGGCGAAGAGGACUCCUCCUGGACAGGAAAGUCCAUGAAUCGAGGCCAACACCGUCACAUAUUUCCGGCAAAGACAACACAGAAAUCACCACUGCAAUCUGCCCAAACCAUGCGGAAAUAA